GUCCGCCAUAUUUGUUUUCCGAGAGGAAGCCCUACUGACGGCAUUUUAUUUUACAAAAAUGGCCUGUUGCUGUACUUCUGCGGAAAAUAAGGUUAGACCUUUCAAGGCUAGUGAGGAAAGCUUGGAUGAUGGACCUCUGAAGGACAGACAGUGUCGAGAUGUCAUCUUUCUCCUCAUCUUCAUAGCAUUUAUGUGCGGAAUGGCGGGUGUGGCGUACUUGGGGAUAGUCAAAGGUGACCCUUACCGACUUAUCUAUGGAGUGGAUAGCUGGGGUAACACUUGUAAUCGUAACAAUGCCCCCAUUGAGAGUGCCAGUUUCUCUGGAAAGGACAUGACAGACAUGAAGAAGAUGUUUUACUUCGACCAGAUGUAUUUUGCAAGCUACAUCCCAAACGGCCCUAUAUUGCCAGAGAAGAAUUACCUGAAGACUUGUGUGGCGAGCUGUCCUGAUCAACAGCUUAACCUGGAUUCAGACUACAACAGUUACUAUAACACAACAGGAAACAACCUAUGUCGUCAUGAUGUCACUUCCUAUGAGGAUGUGCACGACAAAUGUCCGCCAUUACCCAUAACGCCCCAUGUGAGCCUUUUUCAUCGCUGUGUACCAAAUACUAUUGCUGACACAGCAGCUAUGAUGGCAAAGUCCUUUACCAACAUCCUGGGCAGUGCCAGUCUGGGAGAUGGCAUUCCUCAGAAAAUCCUAUCUGAUUUGAAUACAGCUUGGAAAGAAAUCCUUUAUUUGUGUGGAAUAGCAUUUGCUGCAUCCCUGUUGAUUGUGCUGAUGAUGUGGCUCCUUGCAGCUAUAAUCAUCUGGGUGAUGGUCAUUGCUGUGUGUGCCUUCACUCUGGGUCUCACAGCCUACUCUUGGUAUUCCUACUAUGGCUGGUACACGGAUUAUAAUGCACUAACUACAGAUGAGCAGACAGAGGCAGCCUCAGAGAAAGUACAGACCUGGCUCAUAUACUCCUGUAUAUCCUCUGCAAUCACGGUGAUUGUUUUGCUGCUCUUAUUUAUUAUGAGGAACAGAAUUGCAUUGGUUGUGCAGCUGUUUGAAGAAGCUGGGAAAGCUAUCAGAGCGAUGCCAUUACUGCUUCUCCAGCCACUGUGGACACUGCUGGCCUUAUUGGGGUUGGUUGCAGGCUUGGCUGCUGUUGCUGCCUACAUAGAAACUUCAGGUUUACCAGUAGUGGACACCACCAAUAGCACAGUUGACUUCCAGUUUGAGGAACAUUGGAAUUAUGUGCGAUGGUACCACUUGUUUGGUUUGCUCUGGACAUCAGCAUUUGUGAUAGCCUGCCAGGACAUUGUGAUUGCAGGGGCUGUUUCUAUUUGGUUCUUCACUCGAAACAAAAACAAGCUCGGUAUGCCAAUAUGUAUGUCAACAAAACGUCUCAUAAGAUACCACCUGGGAUCUGUUGCAUUUGGAUCAUUUAUAAUUGCCCUAGUGAGAUUACUUCGAGUCAUUCUGGGAUUUAUACAACGAAAGCUGAAAGGCAAAGUAGGAAAAGUGGCAGAAUUCUUAAUGAAAAUGUUGCAAUGCUGUCUCUGGUGCUUUGAGAAGUGCAUUGCCUUCCUCAACAGAAAUGCAUACAUUGAAAUAGCUAUCUAUGGGUACAGUUUUUGUACAUCUGCACGGAAAGCCAUCAUGGUACUCCUAGCAAACGCCUUGCGUGUGGCAGCCAUCAACUCCAUUGGCGACUUUGUUCUCUUCCUUGGAAAGAUUUGUUGUGUGUGUAUCGUAGCUGUUGCUGGAAAUGAGUUCCUUAAGAAUCGAGAAGAUAUCAACUAUAUCUGGGCUCCUUUAUCGGUAGCUUGUGCAUUUGCCUUUGCAAUAUCUCAUUGCUUUCUCUUGGUUUAUGAGAUGACCAUCGACACCAUCUUCCUGUGUUUCUGUGAAGAUUGUGACAUGAACGAUGGGGUGACCAAACCGUUUUACAUGAGCAAGGAUCUUAUGGUAUAUCUGGAUAAAAACAAACAGGAAGCUGCCAAAAAAGGCAAGAAAAAGAAAACUACAGAAAAAACAGCAGUCUAGGUGGACUUCUUGUGUAAAAUCUGAUUCCUUGAUCAUACAUUGUAAAUAUGGACAUAUUGUAAAUAUGUGUAAAUAUUUGUUUUGUUCAAGUUUAAAAAGGAAAAAAAGGGCUGUUCUAAAAAAUUGUUAAUUGGUUUUUAUUUGAAUAUAGAUGAAACUUAUUCAAGAUCAUUAGGGUCUGCAUUGACAUGGAUCAACUGUAAAGUACAUUAAACAUACUUCAAAUUUAUGCUUGCAAUUGAAUCAUUACGAUCAAUAACAUACAAUAUGUAUGUAUGAUCAGAUGUUAUUUCAUACUGAUCAGGAUAAUUAACAGUAUGGAAUAAAAACAAACAUUUGUAAGAGCUGUUAAUCUAGAAAUAAUUUAUGGUGGGACAGGGAGACAUUUUUUGUGAUCAAUGUAUUUUUGAAAAAAAAACAUUUUAUCAGUUCUAUCCCACCCAAAUAUUAC